CUUCUUGGACAAUUUUAACGACAUUCUCGCCUUUUUAGCCUCCUCUGAAAGGGAUCUCUCCGAAAGUUUGAUCCGGCGCUCAUCUGCUUCCAUGCAAAAAUUAUAGCAAUUGGGUCCAAUUUUCAUGCCCAAUCCCUGCAUCACCCUCAUCACACUUGAUAAUCCAUCAUUAAAUAUGCCCGUAGCAAUGUAUACGGCAGUAUCAAGGACGUGCUUGCCACUGGAAACAGUGUUUGGGGCCAUUGACCACACUGUUGCAUUCAGGCUCUCGUUACUGUUUUUUGUGAAACCGCCUAAGCAACGAAGGAGCAGGUCAUCGCGACUCAAUUCUUCGUAGAUCGGAAGAAUAGCCUUAUAAACUUGUUCCGACAUAGGCGUUUUAUGAGUGUGCGCUGACCCCGUUGCACGUGCUUUCUGCCACGAGCACCAAGAGUCCUUUCCGGGCGGGCACCGUUCGUGUUGGGGAGCGGUGCACUUGGACACGGUGCAUUUGGACACAGCCAAUCACAGCACCGUAUGAUUAGAGACAUUUGUAGGAUCCCUUGGAACAGCGACUUGUGAUUGGACUAUGUCCAAUUGCCCCGUGUCCAACUGAUAUACACCCUUCGUGUUGUGGGUUGGCGUCGGUUGAUAAUUUGUGAUGCAACGUUGCAUAAAUAUCAUUUUUCAUUUUAUCAAUUGAAUCAGGAUUUCUGCGAAUUGCCAGGCCGAAUAUAUUGACAAUUCAUCUAUUAACUUACCAGUCAACUUGCCUUUUCCCCCAAGUCCUUUUGUUGACUGUUUUAGUUUUCGAAGGCGAGAGCCCAUCCGCUUUUGGACAUGAUCAAUGCACUCCUUCUUUUUAACGAUAAAAUCUUCAUAGGUCUGUGAAUCCAUAAUGCUCUUGAAUGUUUUAGAAUUCCCGUCUCCCACGUAGUUGGCAUAUUUCAUAUCGAAUAAUAAUUUGGAACGCUGAAACAUCUCUAUGACGGCAGGAACCCGAAAGACCUUUCACUCGGUCGGUAAUAGGGCCGCUUAUUAUCGACAUUUUUUUCGUUAAGACCAAUUGCAUAUCAUUUUUAUGACCCUAAAGUACAUUUUAAGCCAAAAAAAAAAUCGAUUUUUCAAAAAUUCUAGAGUGGUGUUACCCCUUAAAAUGAAUAAAAGAAAAUUAAAACAUGUAGCAGAUAUCACAAGUCGACAAUUUCGGCGGCGAGUUUACGCUGCUGUAAGAGAAACGAGGAACAAAGUGGAAUACAUGACCAGUUGUAAUAAUAAGAACAGAAAUAUUACAAAUGAUAAUAAUGGUCCAUCAAAUACAGUUUCAUCCAAUGCUACAAGUAAUGCAGAAUAUGAAGAAGAUGCUGCAAGCAACAUACUUAAUAAUUAUAGUGAUGUGUAUCGUGAUAAUUUUUAUCCUGAAAAUUAUGAUGAAUUAUCAAAUCAUGGGAUGUAUGAAUAUGAAAAAUAUCAACAUCAGGGUCUGGAUACAUCAGAUUUGUCAGAAGAAAUUGAAGAUGAUCCAAUAAAUAUUGAUUCCGAUGAGAUUGAAGAGAAUUCAGACAAGGCAACAUUACAAUUAAAGAAUUUCUUAAGAAUGUCCAGGCAUCAAUCUAGUAAUCAAAUCUAGUAAUUUCUUAAGAAAUUGGAACAUAAAACAUGCAGUUAGAUGUAAUGCGGUUUUAGACCUUCUUUCGAAUUUAAAAAAACAUCCGUGUUUUUCUAUUCUUCCAAUAGAUGCCAGGACAUUGUUAUGCACUCCGCGAAAAUGUAAUAUUAUAGAUAUAAAACCUGGUAUAUGUUGUCACUUCGGAUUACUUAAUGGUAUAAUGGAUACAUUAUCAAAUGAUGAUUCAAUAAAACAAAAAUGCAAACUGCAUGGUAUACAUAUAGCUGUAGGUAUUGAUGGUCUUCCCGUUUGCAAGUCAUCAUCCAGUACAUUUUGGCCAAUAUUAGGUUCAAUACUUCAUAAUGGACCUGUGUUUAUAACUGGAGUUUAUCAUGGUAAUUUUAAGCCUGAAAGUAGCAAUCUUUUUUUGAGACCUUUUGUAGAUGAGGCAUUACUUUUAUAUGAAAACAGAAUUGAAAUAAAUAACGUCAGAGUUCAAUAUCAAAUACUUUAUUCUAGAUGCACCAGCAAAAUCAUUUGUUUUAAAUGUUAAAGGACAUGCGGGUUACUAUAGUUGUACGAAAUGUCAUGUUAAGGGUUCUAGCGACCAUGGACGUGUAUAUUUUAUAGAAAGAAAAGCACAAAAAAGAACAAACGAGGAAUUUUGAUUAUACAUGGAUUGUAAUUAUCA